AUGACUUCCGCCAACCCCUCGGCUUUCUACGAAUACACGAAGGCGCUGUGCCAGUCCUUUUUAUUUUCCAGUCUGAGCAAAGACGAGCUGUCACAAAUUUCGCUCGAUGAUAAAAAGCUGGUGGAUAUCCUGAUCACACUUGCUGGCGAAUUUGAUAGACGAUUCUCCCAACCUUCAACCAUGGAGCAAACAAUGCGGCAACUGGAUCUUUCGGAAGAUAACUUGGAUAAUAUUCGUGAUGUGUACAUAGAGGUUUUAAAUGGAAUGUUCCGAAAGUUGAACUGGGGUCGAAUUGUGGCAAUGCUAGCAUCCCUCCGUAUGCUCGCCAUGUAUUUAUUAAAGCGAGGUAGACGACGUGAUGUGGAUGACCUGAUUGAAAGCACGGCCAUGUACUGUGAUGGAAAGUUGCGAAUAUGGAUACAAAGACACGGUGGUUGGGUAAGUUUUAUUUGCGCUAUUCACGCCCCUAAUUUUGGAUAG